AUGGCGAUAGCCAUGGGCUGGCAUAAACCCGACAAUGUCGCCGGUUCCUCAGCCCCGGCCAUCAUGGUUGGCCUGUUCGUUGCCACCGGUGGUCUCCUGUUCGGAUACGAUACUGGCUGCAUCAACGGCAUUCUUGCCAUGAACUCCUUCAAGACGCAAUUCAACACGGGCUAUGUCGAUUCAACGGGUUCCAUCAACCUGUCGCCCUCCGAGACAUCCAUCCUCGUCGCCAUUCUGAGUGCGGGCACCUUCUUCGGCGCCUUGCUCGGCGCCCCCGCCGGUGAUAUGAUCGGUCGUCGCAUCUCCAUCAUCGGUUCCGUGGGGAUUUUCUGUUUCGGCGUUAUAUUCCAAGUCUGCGCCGACGCGAUACCCAUGAUGUUGGCCGGCAGGUUCUUUGCUGGUGUUGGCGUUGGUUCCGUGUCUCUUCUCGUUCCGCUUUAUCAGUCUGAAAUGGCCCCGAAAUGGAUUCGGGGCACUCUGGUGUGUGCAUAUCAGUUGUCCAUCACUGCAGGUCUCCUCGCCGCGUCAGGUGUCAACAUUUUGACGCAGGGAUUGCAUGGGGCGGCAGCGUAUCGAAUCCCGAUGGGGCUCCAGCUGACUUGGGCUUGUGUCCUAACCCUCGGUCUCCUCAUUCUCCCGGAAACACCACGGUAUCUCAUCAAGCGUGGCUCAAAGGAGGCCGCGGCGCUAUCUCUCAGCCGACUUCGGCGGCUUGACAUAACCCACCCGGCUCUUGUCGAAGAACUCGCCGAAAUCCAGGCGAACCACGAGUAUGAGUUGACGUUGGGCCCUGCUACUUACCGCGACAUAUUCCUUGGAUCACCUCAUCUUGGCCGCAGGAUCUUAACCGGAUGCGGUUUGCAGAUGUUGCAACAACUGACGGGCAUCAAUUUCAUCAUGUACUAUGGAACCACUUUCUUCAAUGGCGCUGGCAUCCACAACCCUUUCCUCAUUUCCUUGAUCACUAACAUCAUCAACGUCGUCUCUACCAUCCCGGGCCUGUUCGUCGUUGAGACAUGGGGCCGACGAAACCUACUCCUCGUCGGCUCCAUUGGAAUGGCCAUGUGCCAUCUUGUUAUCGCCAUCUUCGGGACUGCGGUGGGGAACGACAACAACGAGACUUCGAGCAAAGUCAUCAUCGUUUUCGUGACCUUUUUCGUUUUCUUCUAUGCGGCUUCUUGGGGUCCAGUCGCAUGGGUCGUGACGGCCGAAAUCUACCCUCUCAAAAUCCGUGCCAAGUCCAUGUCAGUUUCUACGGCGUCAAACUGGCUGCUUAACUUCGGAAUCGCUUAUGGCACGCCGUACAUGGUUGGUGAAGGGGUGGGCUACGCGGACAUGGGUCCGAAGGUGUUUUAUGUUUGGGGAGCAUUCUGCAUUCUCGCCGGCGUCUUCGUAUUCUGCAUGGUUUACGAGACGAGCAAGAUCAGCCUCGAACAAAUUGACGAGAUGUACGAAAGAGUCGACUACGCAUGGAACAGCAAACGCUUCGAACCGAGCUGGAGUUUCCAGCAACUGCGGGACGAAGGUUUCGCCGACAGCGGCAUACCGCCUGUGGAUCACGAACUUGAGCCGUCGAGGACAGGCUCCAGCACCAGCGAAAGCAUAUCAACGAUUCACACGGACUCAGCUAGUAAUGAGAACAGGACCCAAGAGGACAAAAUACUCCACCAGAUGGGAAUACCGAGUAACGUCAACUUUAACGAUUACUGA